UCCCUUGCUAAGUGUCAUGAAUGAAUUGGUGCUUAACGCUGACUCCAUGACAGUCUCUCUUCCUCCACGGUGCAGAUUUUAUGGGCCGGUAUUUUAUCUAGAGCAACGGAAACGGGAACUGGCCCUAAGUAAAUUGCCAAAAUAAACUAAUUCUAAUUCUUUCUAAAUACUGGUCCAGCUUUCCCCUCCCAAGUUUAGAUAGGAGAGGGGAGAAAUGGACGGCCCUCCACCGUUCCUCUCCGGUCCAUGAUAAGAUAACGCCAUCCGCGACCGCACCGUAAGCCUCUGUCGCCGUGGUUCAUGGGCCAGACGGCCUCCACCCUAUCCCGAUCCCCCUCGUCCUCCCCUCGCCGCCGCCGCCGCUGCCGCUCCAAUAACGUUCUCAACCCCAUGUCUCUCCAAACCGCCGGCGGCGGCGGCGAUCCGGACUGCGACCACACCCUCGACCUCCCCGACGAGUGCCUGGCCCUCAUCUUCCACUCCCUCGGCUCCGGCGAUCGUAAGCGCUGUUCCCUCGUCUGCCGGCGCUGGCUCGCCGUCGAGGGCCAGAGCCGCCACCGUCUCGCCCUCGACGCCCGCGCAGCACUCCUCGCCGCCGCCCCGGCCCUCUUCGCCCGUUUCGACGCUGUCACCAAGCUCGCCCUCAAGUGCGAUCGACGCUCCGAGAGCAUCGGCGACGACGCCCUCGCGCUUAUCGCCGCUCGCUGCCCCAACCUCUCCCGCCUCAAGCUUCGCGCCUGCCGCUUGCUUACAGACCGUGGCAUGGCCGCCCUCGCCGCUAGCUGCCCCGCCCUCCGCAAGCUCUCUUGCGCCUCCUGCACAUUCGGUCCCGCCGGCAUCGCUGCCAUCCUCCGUUCCUGCCCCCUGCUCGAGGACCUCUCCAUCAAGCGCCUUCGCGGCCUCACCGACACUGCCGAUCCCGUCGGUCCUCCCUCCUCCUCUCUCCGAUCCAUCUGCCUCAAAGAGCUCUACAACGCCCAGUGCUUCGCUCCCCUCAUCGCUGGCUCCCCCAACCUCAGAUCCCUCAAGAUCCUCCGCUGCUCCGGCGACUGGGAUCUCCUCCUCGAGGAGAUCGCUGGCCGCGUCCCCGGCAUCGCCGAGGUCCACCUCGAGAAGAUCCAAGUCAGCGACCGCGGUCUCUUCGCCCUCUCCUCCUGCCCCGAUCUGGAGGUCCUCCACAUCGUCAAGGUCCCCGAGUGCACCGACGCCGGCGUCACCGCCGUCGCGGACAAGUGCCGCCUCCUCCGCAAGAUCCACAUCGACGGCUGGCGGACCAACCGGAUCGGCGACCUCGGCCUCAUGGCCAUUGCCAGAGGCUGCCCCAAUUUGCAAGAGCUGGUCCUGAUCGGCGUCAAUCCAACGGCGCUGAGUCUGGAGCCGAUUGCCGGCAUCUGUCGUGGCCUCGAGCGUCUCGCGCUCUGCGGCUGCGAGACCAUAGGCGACGCCGAGAUCUCUUGCAUCGCCGCCAAGUGCUCGGCGCUCAAGAAGCUCUGCAUCAAAGGGUGCCCGGUCUCGGACCGCGGCAUGGAGGCCCUCGCCAAGGGGUGCCCCAGUCUCGCGAAGGUGAAGCUCAAGAAGUGCCGGGGGGUGACGCUGAAGGGCGUGGAGUGGUUGAGGGCAGCGAGGGGGGAGUCAUUUGCUGUCAACUUGGUUUCGGUUGAGAAGCAGGACCAGGAUUUGAUCAUGAGCGAGAGAGGGUUGCAGGAAAAUGGAGUCGAGCAGGUUCCGGUAUUGGCCGAUCAGGUUGCUGCCAUUGAUCUUCCAUCAAGCAGUAAUAGUAAUGGCCGGUCCGCAUCAUCGAAGGCCAGGUUAAGGAAUUUUGUCGCAAGCUUCAGGAGAUUGUCAAUUGGGAGCAGCAAUUCUCAUCACUGAGCAGAAGGAAUAGCGAAGCUCUUCUCUCAUGUGCAACUUUAAAUUUUGUAUUUCUGUCUGCCUGCUGGUCCUUUCAUUUGGAUGCUAAGGAUUAGAAGUGCUUGUUAAGGUGGAUUAGAAGAUUCUGUUUGUGCCUCUGGGUGUAGUAUGAUGUUGAUUUGUAUGGUUUUAUGAAAAUUGUAUCAUUAUGAUAGUAAUUAAUCCAUUCCUAGCUGUUUGAAUUAGUGUCCUAUGUACAAGUAAAAUGUUGUAUUCAAAUUGCACAAUUCUUUUUUAUCGUGAAAUGGUUGCAUGGUAAGUGA